UCUAUAUCUUACUUGUAUUGCCAGUUUUAUUUUUUGGUCAGGUUAUUGUCAAUGGGAACCUGGUCAAGAAAUCGUCAUCGGAAACAUCGGCCCUCGUACUGGAUGUUAUAGUAAUUCCUGGUAUCAAUGUGGUGUGAGUAUUCCAUCUGGGUGGUACCAGUAUAACGUAUCUGUUAUUGACAAUGGUUGGAACGAUUGUUCUUCUGGUGUGUCGUACGUGCGGAACUCGACUAUUGACUCUAUGCCUUUUGUUGCUGCAUUCGUUUGUAACAAUCACGGAAAUAUGAGAUAUAAACUUUUAGGAGGUUCGAGUUUAUCUAGUGAUUUUAUGGAGAUAUUCCGCUGUCACUCUUGUGAUUAUAAUUGUGACUUGGUAUAUGGUUACCCCUAUGACGAAGUCUGUUCUACAUCUAAUUGUAAACAAUAUUGCAGAGGCGGCUUUUAUCACUACAAUGCUCAAGGUUAUUGUCGAAACAGUAGUCAUUUGCAGUUUAGUUAUCGUCCUACUGGAUGUCCUUCCCAGUGUUCGCAUUGGUACACACUAAGCUAUAUCGAAUGUGGAAUAGAGAUUCCUUUAAACUCUUAG